AUGGUCUACCUCUCACCCCCUACAUCGUCACACGAUGCCACCCGCACCUACCUCACCGCCUACCGCGAGAUACUUGCCAACAGACGAACGCGAGCCAACACCCCGUCCGCUGUCGUCCUACUUGCUGCGCUGGAAGUGGACUCCCUCUGCGCGUGCCGGAUGCUAGCGUCGCUCCUGACGCGAGACGGCGUUCAACAUCGGAUAGAGCCUGUUGCUGGGUAUCCAGCACUCGUAGCGCUAAAAGAGCAGCUGAGCAAGUCCCAAGAACUACACACGCUCGUUUUGCUCAACAUUGGGAGUAUGCUUGACCUUGCGAGCGAGGACUGGUUUGGCGAGUUUGGGCAGGGGGUGAGAAUUCAUGUGAUCGAUUCCCGCAGGCCAAGAAGCUUGCCCAAUUUGUUCGGAGUGGGCGAGAGUCAGGAGUGUAUCGUUGUCUGGGAUGAUGGAGAGGUGGCGAAGUUGGCUGAGGAGAGGAAGGCAUUUGAGGAGACGAUGUUUGAUGAGAGUGACAGCGAUUCCGAGGAUGACGACGACGAGGAGGAAGAAGAAGACGACGACGACGACGAGGAAGAUGGAGAGGGCACACCAAGAAAGAAACGAAAGCUCAAUGGCGGGGCGGCAAAACGCGAACGCCGUGAGAAACGCGACGAGUACCUUGCACGACUCGACAAGUACUACACUGCAGGCACGUCACACGGCCAAUCCUGUGCAGGGACGAUAUACGUGCUCGCGACUGCCCUUGAGCGGGCUGACAACGCGCUCCUGUGGCUAGCGAUCUUAGGCCUGACACACCAGUACCUCUCCGCCCGAAUAAAACGCAGCACCUACGAGCAGAUGUACGAAGUCUUUUCGGACGAAGUCGCCCGGUUGAACGUUUCUGUGCCUGGUACGAUCAACGACGCGGGAACGAAACAGCAGCUUACGGCGGACGACACGGGCAUAAGACCGAGCGAGGAGAUGCGGUUCAUGCUCGUCAGACACUGGAAUCUGUAUGACGCUAUGUACCAUUCGGCGUAUGUGAUGAGUCGGCUGAGGGCGUGGAACGAGAAGGGGCGAAAACAGCUGGGGGGAAUGCUAGCCAAGAUGGGGUUUUCGUUACAACAGUGUCAGCAGGCGUUUAUCCAUAUGGACCAAGAUCUAAAGAGGUCUCUACGGGCAAAGAUGGACAACUACGCGCCAGAGUAUGGACUGAUCGAGCUCACCUAUGCAUCGUUCACGCGUUCGUUCGGCUUCCGCUUGCAGCCUCUUUCGGCAGCAGACGUAGUAGAAGGCGUUGGGGCGCUGUUAGAGGCGGCUGAGGGGGUGAAGCUGGAGGUCGAGCUAGAGGGAGGGAGGGGCGGUGGGGAGUGGUUUGGAGGAAGCAAGGCUUGGCAGUUGCCCACUCGUAGUGAGGGGAAGGAGAACCGCCCACUGGCUCCUCCCCCGGCAAAGGAAGGAGAGAAGAGCACCCAACAAGCGGAGGAGGAACAGAGAGAGCAGAAGGAGGAAGAGUGGUGGGUCGGCAACUUUUGGGCGGCGUAUGAUGCCCUGGGAAUGAAUAUCAACCUUUUGCGCAAUUCAUUACCCUUGGCCAUGGCACUCCAACGAGCAAUAGUCCGGCAAGGGACGGCGCUUAUCUCCAAGCGGGCUAUAACGCAGACGAAGUCUUUCCGCCUAGCGACGAUCCGCGAAGGGCCGGACUUGGCGUUAUUUGCCCACCCGAGCACGCUUUCGCGCCUUGCGCUGUGGCUGGUGGAUGCUACAAGGAACUGGGUGCAGAGUAUGCAGGUUGGAAGGAAGAAACGGCUCUUGCCUUUCGUGAUCGCUUGUGCCAAGGAAGAAGCGGGCACGUUUGUCGUUGUUGGCGUUACAGGUGCGGGGGAGAUGGGUGAUGUCAGACCCAAUACGUUCAACCUCGCGUUCCUGGAAGCGCGCGACAGGUCAGGUGCACGAACGAGGCAGGUGACGUUCGACACGAGCGUAGUGGAGGUAAACAAGGAGGAUUUGCACAAAUUUCUGGAAACGCUAGCCAUGCGAGCCGCGUGA